CAGAGCAGCAACGCAGUCAUUUACGCAGCGCUUCUUCUGACAGCUAAUCUGAGUAGUGGCUUAUACAGAUAAAUAACUACUUCACUGAAAUAUCAGGAUUACUGCGAAGAGAAGAAUGGAGAUGAGAAGACCACUAUAUACAAACUUAGAAUUUACAGAAGAAAACAGAGAUGAUUGCAAUGACAGGGAGAACUCAUGUCAGGACAGAGGACAGAUGCCCAGAAGCUUUCCACAAUCUCGGAGCCCAGCACAACAAACUGCAUGGGCCAAUUGUUACAGACUGAUUGUGUGUGUGCUGCUGCUGUGUGUUAUCCUGCUGACUGCCAUCAUAGUGUUGUGGAUCAAAUACGACACUUUGAAUACAGAAUACAGCAAGUUACAGAUUAGUAACAACAACCUGACUGAAGAAAGAGACCAGUUACAGAGGGAGAGAGAAGGAUGCCUGAUGACAUUUUGUGAUUUGUAUAGAGGGAAGUGUUUCAGCUUGAACUCCAGUCUUUAUUUUAUCUCUAAUGAGGAGAAGAACUGGGCUGAGAGCAGACAAGACUGUAGGAGCAAAGAAGCAGACCUGGUGAUCAUAAACAGCGCAGAGGAACAGGAGUUCAUCACCAAACUGCUAAGCAGAAAAGCUUGGAUUGGUCUGAAUGACAGAGACGGAGUGGGCGAGUGGAAGUGGGUGGACGAUACACCACUGAUCACUGGGUUUUGGGCAAGUGGAGAACCCGAUGGUAGUACACGUGAAUUUUGUGUGGUAACAGGUCAUAAGUCUGAUCCUGUCUUUACCUGGGCUGAUUAUAACUGUAACAAUAUGUUUAUGUGGGUCUGUGAAAAGAAUUUCUAACUGAACUGCAGUAUUUAAAUAAAAUAGUAAAUUCAAUUCAAUUUUAUUUGCAUAGCACUUUUAACAAUUGUCAUUGUCGCAAAGUAGCUUUACACAAUCAAAAUAAUUAUGUAAGUUUGGAUGGAAUGUGAGUGUGUAUGAAUAAAAAUGGUCAGAUAGUCCCUGAUGAGCAAGCCAAGCGCGACAGUGGCAAGAAAAAAACUCCCUGAUAUGGUAAUGGAAAGAAACCUUGAGAGGAACCAGACUCAACAGGGAACCCAUCCUCAUUUGGGUGAA